CGAGGACAGCGUCCCGAAGGAGUGGGAAGUUUAUAGUACUUGAUGCUAGUCAGUUGUAGGUGAAAUGAUUAGCCGAGGGGAAGGACAAUGGCGAGGACACAGAAGACUCGAGCUUCUUUCAGCAAAGACCGUACUGGCGCCCUUGUCUUUUUUCGUUGUGGGGUUGUUCCACACCUCCACGGGCACUCUUGCCACGCUGUACCAACAACAUGGACGACGGCAGCGCCACAGUUCUGAGGCGACAUCUUCUUCAGAACGGCGACGUCUUCUACAAGAGGAAGAAGAAGGGGGACGUCACCGUGUGAAAAAGCGAGAUCAUGCUGGGAGAGCAGAGUACCCUGUGAUUGCGGCCAUCGCCACCUACAAUCGGAUUGGCUACGUGCAGCUCUGCGCGCGCGCCCUGCGGGGGACCAUUUCUCCGGAGAAUGUUUGGGUCUUUGAUGCGGCCAGCACAGAGUAUGGAUGACGUUUUUUCUCCCCUCUAAGUCAGACCAUGUACUAACCUGGCCCUGUUGUAGUUCUAGUUGGUCCCCUACGCCUUCUACAACUACUACUACUUCUGCUUCUCCGAGCAGUACGAUUAUAGCUUAGGAGGGACCACGAUCAGGCCUUUCCCCUUGGAGGAAUUGUAUCUAUACCCAGAAAACAGUAAGAUGUACUAGUUCCUCCGGAAAAGACAGUAAUCAGUGAGUACUAUAAUGUCGUACUCUGAUAGUGAUAUCUGGAGGAAGAACUGUAUCUAUACAAAGUAGGCACAGCAAGAAGUACAGCCGGAGGAGAAGUACAAACAUAAUUAGAAAAGCAAGAUAUCUGGACACCAGAGGUGCAAGUACAUCAUGACAUAUACAAAAAUUAUAUGGAGUUUGUUUAUUCCGGUUCCCGGAAAACAGUAGAAGGAGUAGGUAGAGGUAGCAUAGUAUUGUUUUUCUUUCACUUCGUCCCUCGAAGUUAGGGCUGCUCUACCGCAAAGUGUCGGACGAAAAGGAUUUGCAUAAACAUCGUUCAUACAGAGUACUCUGCCGAGGACUUGCGGCAGUGGUUUGGGACGCCUCACGUCCACAGCUGGCCACACCGCGACGCGACAGCGCAGACUCUAGCCGUUAUCAAAUACCUUGCGGCAUUGGUCGCACCUCCUCCCCCAUCAGGAAGAGGAGCAGGCUCAACAGCCGCGACAUCCAGUUCCUCGGGAAACCAAAAUGAAAAGCAUGAGGAUGCUCCUGAACAACACGACCUCCAGCUGAGCAAGAACAAGUCCUCGACGCAAGGAGGCGGAGUAGAUAAGUCUUUUCUCUCGCGAUUUCUUGGCUCUACGGUUGUUCUGCUAGACUCAGACAUGGUCGUGGAAAGAAAUUGGCUCAAAAGGCUCCGCCUCGCGCAUGAUCCGAGUAAAAUGGAGUGGUUCUCCCUUUACCACUCAGCCCUGCAUCCCACGCUGCGCUGUGACUCCGACAGUAUGAAAGAACGUGGUUAGCCUUAGCACGAUCUGUUGCUCAUGUUAAUUCAUCAUAAAUAUUAAUAUUCAUACUUAUUUGACUUUCUCCGACAGUAUAUUCUUUGAGAGCAAGGUCGUUACCGUUAGCAUUAGCGCGAUCUCCUCAGAAUUCAAAUUUCCUCUCGGGCUUAGAUAAGAACUGCUUACACGUACUAGGUAUUAUAACAGGUAUAGGUAUAUUAACAUUAGUACUCCGUUUACAUUUACGAGUUCGGGAUCGGGUUGUUCCACUGCCAUGACGUAAAUGUGGUAUCGCUUUUGUAACGGAGCACGACCUCCUCCUCCUGUGUACUGACAUGUACUUCUAGUUGUAUAGGCAUACCUUGUCCUUUUUUACGUUAGCAAACAUUUUUUCUCUCUUUCACUAUCUGAGGACUACUUCUACGCGUACUUAUUUCCAUCAUGAUGUAUUAAAAACUGUAUUUUUAAGCACUUCUCGAGUUAGAUCCUCUUGUUGCGUCAGCAUCUAGAUGUAGAUCUAGAACUUGCGAACAGCAACAUUAAAGUCGUGGUCGUUCAUUCUCGACGCCGCGCACUCCUUGCUUCGAGUGGAACAAAGAGAAGAGGAAGAGAGAUUAUGAACAAAUCAAUAUCGCUGAAGCUUCAAUUCGGUACUCGCGUCAAUUCAUUCACCCUAGAAUCGCCUCCCCGAAUCCUUGAUGUAUUUAAGUGAUUAAGGUGCCUCCACAGGGCACAGACCUCCCUGCAGCUGCGACUUUUAAUAGAAAUUUUGUGGUAAGUACAUUCAUUUUUUGGGUAUCGCAAAUCACUUAAAUACAUCAAGGAUUCGGGGAGGCGAUUUUAGGGUGAAUGAAUUGACAUUUACCACAAAAUUUCUAUCAAAAGUCGCAGCUGCGGGGAGGUCUGUGCCCUGUGGAGGCACCUUGAUGGUUUGAUUGACUGACUGCAAUACUUUACCCCCUAGGUCUACUUAGUGGUAUUGAUUUGCUUCUAAAGAGAGGAAUUGCUAGCUCAGCGACAUGCGCGAUGGAGAGUCUGGGCUACGCGGGAUCUGUAUUCAGCCCAGCUUUUCUUCUCAAUUUAAGAAAGUUUUCAAAUGAAUAUCUAAUAUCAGUUUGUUCUACUUGAGGUAACAUAGACCUAUACUACUAGCUAUAUUUCGAGAAGAAAAGGAUAUCAAAGAAAACGACUCUACUUCAAAGGAAAAAAACGACUCUACUUCAAAGAAACGGAUAUCAAAGAAAGAAAAUUUCAAGAAAACGACUCUUCUAUCAUUGACUCAAGAAGAAAAGGAUACCAAAGGAUAAGAAUUCCAGUAUUCUAUUCUUAUCUAUUCUUCUGACUCCUCUCUCCCAGACCAGGUCUUUUUGUUUUCUUCUCUUUCUUUAUCCUCUACGACAAAGACAAUCCCUUCAGGGCUGGCUGUUUUUCCAUAAUUCGGAGUCUUGAAAUACUUAUAUAUACGCGGGCAGUAGUUUUUAAGUGAUGUAAAAGAGUGACGAGUACUAGUGCGCUGCUCUUCUUUGUCUUUCAGUAUCUCACUUAUUCUAGUGAAUUACUUGCUUGCUUCAGUUUUUCGAGUACCUAUUUCAUUUCUAAUAUCUGUGGCCGCGGCUCGCACAAGUGGCGACGAUUGGGACCUGUAUCGGCGUUGCAGAGCCAGAGGGAUUCCGAUGCGCGUGCUAAAGCAUUCCGGAGCGGCUCAUGUUGGUAUGCGGGGUUCCCAUGGUGCAGGGUCUGCGGCUGAGAAGUUAUAAUGGGGAAUUUGUCUUGGUAGAACAUCAAGUACUAGAACUUUUCUUAUAGAACUUCUAUUCGACUCUUGGUUUUGUAAGUCUAAUAAUUGUACUACUAGGAGAAGUACCUAGACGAGGAUGAGGGGUUUAUUAGGUACUAGUAUAAUAUAAUAAUAUAAAUAUAGUAGAAUAGGUUGUAAAAUUCACUAGCAUCUAGAAGGGUUUAUAAAAAUAUAAGUACUGUAUAAAGAGUUGAAACUGUAAUUUUUUUGAACUCGUCUUUGUUGCAUUUUUGGGACAACUUUUUAGAUAGAAGCUAAAUGUUACAAGCCUUCUCGACGUUGGAAGAAAUGGUUUUUGUGCUUCUAGAACCAACGAAAGGGCUUCUAAACUUUGCUGCUUCUAGAAGUUCUUAGUAGCUCUUUGCUGCUUCUAGAACCUUUUGUGACACGCCUUGUCGGGGUUAUAUCACUUUCAGUUUCGGCAGCAGCCUUGUUGUAAGUAAGUUUUUUCCUCUUGUUGUAGCUCUUGUAAGUCUUCUCUUGUACGGAAGGGCGCAAACCUAAUAUUUGUAAACCUAAUCCUAAGUCUUACCUUGUAAUAUUAAUUACAAUAUUUCUGGUUCAAAAGGUCAUGGUCUCGUAGUUGUUUAAUAUCUUCCAAGAGAAAGAGGGGCCCUAGAUGAAUGAUUCUGAGUACGCGAAAACUGAAAAUAUGCGAGUUACGGACUGAAAUAAAAGAGACGCUACUAGUACAUUCCUCUUCUUCAUCUUUCAUCAGUAUCUCGCUAUGAAUUGGGGAAUUUCCACCUUGCGCAUUUCCACCCUUGCCAGAAAAGAAAAAAAAACUUUCACGAUGAGCGAGGUUGCUUGGGUGCCUGACUAGGCUUUGGCACUUCGCGACACCUUGCGACUACUGCAUGUAGACCCCAUUCCAGGCGUCAGCGCCAUCGGUUGGAAGCGACACCCGACGGAGAGAGAGGCGGGCCAAAGAGAUGCGCAAAAGGUGGCCUUCCUUCUGCAGUUGCUCGACGCUUCUAACCAUCGCUAGAAACCCGAAGGAGACCAAAUCCGCAACCGUCGCAGUGGGGCGAUUGGUCACGAUUUUGCCCAGUUCCACCCUUACCCGAGAAAAGCCUGAUCAGAUCUUGGUCAGGUGCCUCAAUUUGGGACAGGGUGGACCAGGGCAAAAACGCGACAUCCCGAUGGCGUCGUAUUGGGGUGAUUGGUCACGUUUUUGCCCACUUCCACCCUGUCCCGAAUUUCUCCAAUUUGAGUCCAGGAGGCCUGCCAAAAUGCUGGACAGGGUGGAACAAGGCAAAAACGGGACCAACCACCCCAAUGUGACGCCAAGAAAAGCCCAGGCCUCGCGACUUCUGGCCUCAGGUCUCGCUGGAUCCGAUCAGGGCGAGAGGGUGGACGACCUGACCCGAACCCCCGACCCAACACCCCAUGGCCUCGGAGGUUGUCUGCUGAAAGCCCACAUCUGUCGCCCGCCGCGCAUGCCUGCCCUGUAAAUCCACCAGCAGCCGCUGCCACUCUCAUGGGCAACUUGCGCCAAUGGGAUCACUAUCCCACUUUCCUCCAAAAAAAUUUUCUUUUUUCGGUCAGGGGUAGAACCAGGCAAGGUGGAAAGUCCCCACUUCAUACUCGCUUAUUUCAAAUAGCAACGUGGGUGCUUGUUUCAGUUUAUCGAAUACCAUCAUCGGCAGGGAUGAGCAGUCUUGUACUCGUUGCACUAGACGAGUAAGCAAGCUUGUAAUUACUGGGCCUACUAACGAGAGUAAUUUAUGCACAAACCGUUCUAAAAAGAGCGCUUCUUUUUCCGCAAGAUGCUGUGGACGACGAGGUGCGGAGCUUGUAUCUCGCCUUUCUUUAUGGCUAUUGUUUUCUCAAGUUAGAACGAAUGUGGCAUAUGCAUAGUCUCAGAGGAACAUAUAGUACAUAAGCAGAAUGCGAAAGGGAUGUUGACUGGUGCGACUUUCUCCUCCCACGCAACGAAUCAAAGUCUACUUACGUCAUAAGUCACACGGGGGAUUAAAGUGAAAAAAAAUUUUAGAAAAAGUCUUACUUCUUCUUUAUGCUUUACCUCUAACGCUAGAAGGGAAAACUCCCGGAGAGGAUUUCCUUCGAGAGCUCGAGAGGUGUCUUUAUUCACGCUGGCGGCGCUCAUUUCACCCAGCUCACGAGAAAUAUACUAGCGGAGAAGAAGAUGGGCCCAGGUGUUGGAGGCCCAAGGCCUUAG